CGAAGCAUUCAGAUAAGUUGAGACAAGGAAAGAACUUUUGUGCAGCUGUAUGGUGUGUUUCUGUCAGCUUUGGCUGGCUUGCCUGAUGAGGUUUUCAUAUGUUUCUGUGCAUACAUAAUUUAUGAUUUUUUUGAAAACCACAUUGUGUCUAACUUGUCAAAGCAAAAAGCAUUUGGGGGGGGAAAAUGUGAAUCCUCCUUUUGUUUUUUGAGGGGAGACUCUAAGGAAAUGCAAGUAGGAUUUUACGGCUUUUGAGCAGGAAGUAACAACCACAUUUUGCCACUCACUCUACUCCACCUUUGGACCAAGACAGCAGUGAGGCUUGUGGAGCCAAAUGGUCUUGGAGGAACCCGAACUGAGCAUCAGUGUAUGCUGCCAAUUCUGAAGCUUGUGUGAUCUCAGCACCAGAGCACCCCAUGGAUCUGGGGCUGCAUGUGGCCUAAUCCCAACCGACUCCCCUGCAAGUGGUUCAACAGCUCCUUUCAGCACACUUUUAUGGAGUUUGUGAGAAACAGCAGUGGCUAUUGCCCAGCACAACAUAGCAUCUUCUCAGACAAGUAAAUUUGAGCAAGAACUUGAAGAUCACCACUUUGGAUUAACCAUCAGAAGUUUAUUUUUGGCAAGAAUAAGAAAUAACAGACCUGGCCUGUUCAGUAUCUCCAGUUGUGUUCCUACUGCCUUGAAAUGCAUCUCCAAAUGGGGUGACUGAACUGCUGAAUUUAGAAUUAUACAUGGUUUGAAGGAGAGUGCAUAACAAGUGAACAAAGGAGGCUGAUUUAAGAAGGUUCAAAGAACAAUAUUUCCUUGCUGCAGUAAGAAACAUACAAUCCUAUGAAGACUGUGCGCAUGUAUUAACUUGGAGAGAUUGGGACCAUAUACUGACCUUGUACUAAUACUACUUUGUGCCGCUGAUUCUGACCCCCAUGGCUCGGAUAAAUCGCCCUGCGCCCGUGGAAGUUAGUUACAAGCACAUGAGGUUUCUCAUUACCCACAAUCCUACAAAUGCUACACUGAGUGCAUUUAUAGAGGAACUGCAAAAAUAUGGUGUGACCACUCUUGUGAGAGUAUGUGACGCCACGUAUGACAAGACUCCACUGGAGAAUGAAGGUAUUGAUGUAAUCGAUUGGCCGUAUGAUGAUGGUGAUCCACCUCCAAACAAAAUUGUGGAUGACUGGCUUAAUUUGCUUAAAACUAAGUUCACCGAACAGCCUGGUAGCUGUAUAGCAGUCCAUUGUGUUGCUGGCCUUGGGCGGGCUCCUGUAUUGGUAGCAGUUGCUCUUAUUGAAAGUGGAAUGAAGUAUGAAGAUGCGAUUCAGUUCAUCAGACAGAAACGCAGAGGUGCCAUCAACAGUAAACAGCUCUUAUACUUGGAAAAGUAUCGGCCAAAGAUGAGACUUCGAUUCAAGGCCCAUAAUAAUCACAAGAACAGUUGCGCCAUUGUAUGAAUUUGAACACUUUCAGCCAACAAUGGUUUACAGUGAUUUUUAUAAAAAAUAAAAUGCCAUUGGGUUUCCUGUCUUCAAAUCCAAUUGGAUGUUUUUUUUUGUCUGCCUUUAGUAACUUGAAUAUUUAUUUAUACUAAAAUCACCAACUAGGAUGAAGCACAAUUCUUUUCUUUUGGACGCUCGUUGACUUUGGUUUCAAGUUGUAAGAGUGGUUGCCUUUAGAGGCAUGCUAAUACUUCCAACAAUUUACUAUACACCAUAAAAGAAAAAUCCUACAAGAUAUUUGUCUGUAUGGCUUAUAUUUAAUGGUAGGUUUGUGUGAUGACCUGAAAAAAUGGAACUAGGAAAUUAAUUGUAAAUAAGAUGCAAAUUGACUUAAUUAUCCAUUGUUCUACUAAUCGACUGCUAUAGAUAUUCUGGUGAACCAAUGUCUUCGGUAAAUUACCUCCAUAAUGCCUAAAUUCACUAAUUGCAGAUGAUGAUUUGCAAUAGUAUGGUCCAUGUCUUGUGUCAGAAGGGUGCAUCUUUCCUGUCUUUUUAUAAAUAAUAUCAUCUUAUUAGAGCUACUAACCACUAUAUUAUUAUGUUUCUGGAGUUGGUAUUGCAACCAUUUUUUUUACUAGAGAAGGUUUGCUCCACAAGCGCACUUUUUUAUCCAGUUUCAUAUUGAAUAUUCUCAAGUGUGCUAAUCCUUAAUUAAACAGUCAUUUCCAAAUACUCUUUUAACAAGUUACUGAAGGUUUAUGAAAGCUCAAUAAGGGGAAUGGUAGGGGGUGUGGCAGGAGAGAGAAAAAUAGUUUUAAAUUUUGAACAUUCCAAAGGUAAAGGGUGAUUUUGAUUUUCUUAAAAAUAAUUCUCAGUUUAAGCAGAAGUCCGUUAGAGAUUCACUAAAACAUGCAUGUGCACCAUGCAAUUCUAUAUCAUUUUCUAUAAACCACAUUGAUUCACAGGGGGUGAGUAUAGAGCACAAAUGCAUUGGUUAUUUUUAAGUACAAAAGGAUUUUGAGACUUAAGUUCAGUAUCCCAAGUUCUGCUUGCAGAAAAAGCAUAGGACAGAUCAGAGUGUAUUCAUACUGCGAGUGUAAUGUCAUUGCCAACUGGUUUUGUAGCUUUGUUCAGCCUCAUUCGAUUUCAAAAUUAGUGUGAAUCCCUGUAGGAAGGCAUUUCACUUUACUGUACAGGUCUUGUUCGUGUUAAUAUUGGUAGGGAAAUGAGGCCUGUUUACACUGAAGUCAAAUGUGUCCUAUGAAUGCCAUGUAAAGCCUUAACAUUCUCCCACCUAAACCCCACCCCCCUCCAUGCAAUGUUAUUGUCAUUAAUAGUAACUUCUAAUAAAUGAGGAAACAUGUAAGUUGACCUUUCUAAUUGGUUAAGUCUGGGAAAUAGUGAAAUACCCAUAUAAUGAUUUUGAAAGAUUUUGUAAUUUGCAAACAUUUUGGAAGGUCUCAUUUAGGAAGUAAAAGUAGCAUUUCAUGUUCUUAUUUUUAUGCUCAUUCCAUCUGUUUAAUUUCUGUUUUACUCUGGGUUAAUUACUUUGUGCAUGAUGAAAGAAAACUGUGAGAAUAAGAGACACAAACCUCCAAGAUAGUACUGAUAACAAACCUGACUAUGAGAAAGGUUACUUGAAGUGACAUCAAUCAUAGGUGGUACAAGUUUGUUUUUUUUAUAUAAUAUCUACAGGAAAUUAAAACAGCGACAACUUUCUUUGAACCCUGCAUCAAAGUCUGUUCACACAAAGGUUAGGUUAUCGGCUGUUUUAAAAAGGAAACAUUCAAGAAAGCCCAAAAAAAAUCAAAUCAAUGGAAGGUUUGCUGAAUUUUCUUUUUGCAAUGAAUUAAAAUUACAUUUUUGAUCUUGGGAUAAAGUUAGUGUCCUAUGAUGUUUUGUGUGUAAAAUGUGUAACUUCAAAGCUUUGAGUGUAGUGAUUUGAUCACUUCACUCUUAUUUUUGAGGCUUUAAAUGCGAUUUAAAAGGUAAAAACUGAAGAUUGUAUAAAUGUCAGCAACCCAGUAUUUGGCAUCCCUGGAAUUCAAUGUCAUUUUGUAUAAACCCUGUAAUAAUGGUUCACGUUUUAAAUACAUGAUGCAAUAGUUUGAUUACAUAACAAGUUGCAGCACACAAUGAUGGUGUAAUACAGGUUCAGUUCUCCAAUCGCCAAGUUCCUGAGAUAGUUAACUAGUUAUGUAUUUAUCUUCUCUUUCUUAUGUUCUCUGCUAUCAACAUCCAGUGUGCAAUUGGCAGAAGGAGAGAUAAAGACUUAACAUUCAUUCAUUUUUUGGUUUGCAUCAUAAUAUUCAAAGCAGUGACACUGGGUGAUCAUUUAACAUGGAGAUCUGUGUUGAGAACUCUGUGCUCUCUGGGGGCAAAAAAAAAAUUUUGUUAUAUCAUCAUUGUAAAGAUGGAAAGUGCAGGGAAAACACAGUAGGCCUGGCAGCAUCUAUGGAGUGAAACGGUUAAUGAUUUGUGUUCAAUGAUUCAAGUUAUUCUUUAGUUCUGAAGAAGAGUCAACUGAACACUAAUUAUGUUUCCUUCUCCACAGAUGCAGCCAAACCUGCUGAGUUUCCCCAACAGUUUUUGUAUUUCAGACCCCCAGCAUCCAUAGUAUUUUGCUUUUAUUAUGUCAUUGUUGUAUUUUGUAUAAUCUCCAAUAUUACUGUGGUAAUAAAAGUAUCAAAAUUCUUGAUCGUUAAA